UCACAGCUUCCUUCUUCAACUUCUCUUCUUCCUCUUUAUUCCUACCUUGGCGGCCUCUAUAUUAAUUUCACUACACACACUUCACCUUCAUUCAUUUUUAUUUUCCAUGGAUUAUAAUUCUUCAUCAUGGAUUAACACUUCCUUGGAUCUCAACAUCAGUCUUCAUGAACAACUCAUUAUUAAUCCCAAAAAUGAGGUGGAAAACAAUUUAUUCUCAUUAGGAAUGAUGACCAAGUCUUCCACAAAAUUAGAUGAGUACUCGUCAAGAUAUGGUUUGGUGGAAGAAGUGAAGCGAGUGAGUGAAGAAAACAAGAAGUUGACAGGAAGGCUAACAGAGAUGUGUGAGAAUUACAACACAUUGAUGGAAUAUAUCACAAAGAAAAGGAAAUCUCACUCCACCUCUAGUGAUGAACAUUCAUGCAUGAAAUUACCAAUUACUACUGAUUUAGAACAAACAUCCAAUAUUCAUAAGACUAAAGUUUCAAGACUUUAUUUCAAGACACAACCAUCUGAUUCAUCCCUUGUUGUGAAAGAUGGAUAUCAGUGGAGAAAAUAUGGACAAAAGGUGACAAGGGAUAACCCUUCACCAAGAGCAUAUUUCAAAUGCUCCUUUGCUCCAACCUGCACAGUGAAGAAGAAAGUGCAAAGAGCCGUGGAUGAUCCAUCACUUGUUGUUGCAACUUAUGAAGGUGAACACAAUCAUCCUCAAAUGGAUCCAACCAUUAAUCAUAAUUCUAGUAGGAACAAAAACGACUCUUCUUCUUCUUCUAAGAAUAUCAUGAUGAAGAAUUCCAAAAUAGAACAAGUACCUCAUAAGUUUUUGGUGGAAGAAAUGGCUACUUCAUUGACCACGGAUCUUAAUUUCAGAGCAGCACUAGCAGCUGCUAUAUCAGGAAAAGUUUUAAAUCACAAUUAGGAUCCCUUCAAUUAUAUGUAAAUACAAAAUAGAAAAAGGUCUCAUUUUGAUCCAUUAAGUAAAGUAGGAAUUAGAGUGGCUAAAUUACUUUGCAUCUAAAUAUUGAUUUGAGUAGAAGUGAUAAAAAGAAAGACUUGUUUGACACUAAAA